UUGCUAUUUCAGCUAUAUUCACCAGAAGAUUGGAGGCCGGUGCAGAAUGUGGAGAUAACGUUUGAAGAAUUCGAAGUUGUUACUUCCAGCGAUGAAGUUGUUUUACGGUCCGAAGGUACGGUAUCCGGUGUACAAAAUUAUCUGGCUGUUGGAACAGCCUGUAAUUACGGUGAAGAGGUGUUGGUACGAGGUCGAAUUAUUAUUUCUGAAAUCAUCGAAGUAGUGCCGGAACCAGGACAGCCAACAAGCAAGCACCGAAUAAAAACACUCUAUGAUAAAGAGCAGAAAGGACCAAUCACCAGUUUGUGCUCAUGUAAUGGUUAUCUCUUGACGGGCAUGGGGCAAAAGGUGUGCACUUUCUCAUUUUACUACAAUGAAUUUUACUAA